AUGCAUAUUUAAGACCAAAACCAAGUAACCAACUUCAACAAACCACAUCAAUAUACACUUCAAUCACAAAUUUCAGAAUCCUUAAUUCAAAUCCUUCUUUACUGUAGUCUUUUUUCAGUCCUAGCUAGAUGCUGCCACCAUCCUCAAUUUUGUGCAAGACAAAGAAGCAUUCCAUGUUUUGGUAUGCGACCGUUUUGCUCACCUUGACACCAACCAUGAUGGCCUCCUUUCAUAUGCCGAGAUGUUGAAAGAGCUGCAGUGUUUGAGAGUGUUCGAGACGCAUUUUGGAAUCGAUGUUAAACCCGAGCCAAGCGAACUGGCUCGAGUUUAUGAAUCGCUGUUUGAUCAGUUUGAUCAUGACUCAAAUGGGACGGUUGAUCUGGAGGAGUUCGAGGCUGAAACAGAGAGAAUGCUAGUUGCUGUGGCUAUCGGGUUGGGAUUCUUGCCAAUUCAAAUGGUGUUGGAAGAGGACAGCUUCCUUAAGAAAGCAGUUGAUCGAGAAUUCAUGACUAAAGUGGCUGCUUGAAAGUCUUAUGCAAUUUUGCAUUUUAUGUUUUUGGGUGUUUGUUUUUGUUUGUUUAAUUUUAUAUAGUCAUGUACUAAUUAAUGAAAUUGGAAUUGUCUUGUUAUCUGGGU